CAAUAUUGGACUGAAUGUCACAUUGCGGCAAAUCAAAAUUUGUGCCAUCAAUCUAACGAUUACAUUGAAAAAUUAAAUACUAAUAUGUGAGUGUAAAUUUUCAAAUUAUGGGUUUCGCUAGAUCCUGUUCGAAUUCCUCCAACUCUGAACGAUCGUUCAAGAUGUGUACCAUGGAUCAUAGUCACUCCAAGACGUGUUCUCACAUUCCAAAUCACAGUAAUUUCAUGAAGAAGCACUCUUGUCUGGAAUCUCCAAAGACUGAAAGCGUCGGAUCUUUGAAAUCUGCAAGUUUGCCCCCUAGGCCUACUACAAGGCGGAACCCUUACGAAAUGCCUCGAAAAUUACAGGACAAAUCCAGAUCGCAGCCUACGGUAGCGCUUCCGAAGAAAAAAAGUACAGCAAAAUCAUCAGAAAUUCUUCAAUCCAAAUCGAAAAAAAACGGCAAAAACGAAAGAAUCAGUAGGAAUUUGCCUCCGUCCAAUGAGAUGACACCUUCAAGCACAACGUCCAGCAACAGAAGUAACAGACUGUGUUUAUGCGGUGAUGAAAUCUAUUCGAGAGUCAACAACGUAGCAGACGAAAAAAUAGAGACGGAAGGACACAACACAAAAGAAGAUAAUAAAAAGAAAAAUUCCGGUAGAAACACGGCAGAUAGUAGUUACUCCACUUCUAGAGUUGAAGAGCACGAGUAUUUACAGUUUUUACUGAGGAUUACUGAGGAUAUAAUAGUCAACAACUAUUUUCGGAAUAUCGAUAUUGAGAAAGUGUUUAAAAAUCACAUCGAAUUAAACAAAGGCCGACUGGACAUGCAAAGAAUGAAAGAACACGUCGCUGAUCUAGCCUCAGAGCUGAACAUCCCCUACAACAGCCAGGAAGCCAAAAAGAACAAGUUCAGUCUCGCCAAUUUAGUCGUGAACCCGCUUCCAAUCGUGAACAUCGAUCCGUUUCAAAACUGUACCGAAUGUUCAUCUAUGCACGCUUUGGACGUUUCGGCGAACUUGUCGCUCGGCGCAGAGUUGGAGUGCUACGGAAGAGAUAACUGCAAACCUGCCGAAUCCGAAGAAACGUUCAUCAACAGGAGAAGUCUCGGGAGGGUUACCGAAUGUACAGAACCAUCGAAUUCGAUAGAAACCAUAUUGAAUCCUUCUUCGAGGUUUGCUUCUCGGGCAACGCUCUCCACUCUGGGUAACGAUACUUUGUCCAGUGUCGGAAAUGCAGAAACUCCGUUUUUGGAUAAUACGGUGAAUACCUCUGACGAUUUGAAGUUUGUUAAAAGGGUUUCGCCAGACGAAAAUUUCAAUAUUAGAAAAAGUGAUGAUAUAUCGCUCACGGAAAAAGAGAGAAAAGUUUCUACCGAAGAAGAAAUUAUUUUCGAAAAACUCAAUAACAAUAACAAUGCAAGCUUUGGUGAUGCGAUGGAGACAAGUAUAAAAGCCCACCAAUUCGACGUUAUAGAGAAAAUAUCGACUCGAAAUAACGAAAACUCUUCGCCAGCCUUCAUUUUCUCACAAAAUAUCGUGAAUGAGCUGAAUUUGAAAUUCACAGAGAGCAAAUAUAUCCAAACCACGGAUUCGCUUAUUCUUAUGAAGGACGCAGAUACGCAAGCUGAACCAAUUACUACUGAGUCGUUAGACGAUCAAAUAAAUACUAAAGAUGACAAAGGUACCCAAGUGAACGUUAUACAGUGCGAUAGAAAGUGUGGGAGCAGUGAAGUAAUACUGAAAAAUCACCAGAUCGAAGAGGAGUACGUUUUGAUACAGUCACCAGUUUAUGUUUUGAAACAAGCAUUGAGAAAAAAUGAUACGUUGUCGCCGAAGUCGCCCAACCGGAUGGAGCUACCUAUUGCUGAAAAAAUCCAGUCUCCUGUGAUAGAUAAAAGCGAAGACGUGUCCGUAAAAGAGUCGUCGUUCAUUCAUCGAAGCCAAAAAUCUCUCGAUUUAUCCGACUACGCAGCAGACAUAAGCCUCAACCGAGACGACUCUUUUCACGCGAAGCAAACCGAUUUUACGAAAUUAUUGAGCUCUGACUACGACCUGACACCGGAACGAGACAACAGCACCACCGACAAGUACCACCAUCUUUUAGUAGACGCAUCUACCAGUUUUUCCAAUGUUGGUACUGAAUUGGAGCAGAGUAAUUUGUUGUUGUCGGAUAAAUACGCUUUAUUCAAUAAACGGGAAUCGAUUGAAGGUAAACCUUUACAAAACCUCGACUUUUAUUACUUGUCCAACAGCGAAUCCGUCAAAGAUGACAGUUACGAAUUCAGAAACUACACGAUUUCUUCGGACAAAAAUAACGUUGUCAAAUCGUUCAGUUAUUGCAUCAACGGGUCAUUAGAUAGCGGAACAAUAGCUGGAAGAAAUUUUAUGAAGACGGAGAUGUCUUUAGACGAUUACGAGAUUGGACCAAGGUCUGCUGUUGAAAUGAGGGACGAAAUGGAAAAUAGUUCAUCUGCUACAAUGUCUGUCAGAUCUUCCAAAGAAUUCAGUGUUGGAGAAAUAAUUUCGAGAACAAAAAGGUCAUAAAUUGAUUAAAUCUCUCGUGUACAUUUUUUGAUUUUGGUGAUUGUUGAAUUGUUAUGAAACGUUCUUUUAUACCAAUAAAGAGUAAUCAAAAUUA